AUGGACUUACCGGGGACUGCGGAGGCGCUAACGAAACUAUUGCGGGCGAGGGACACCUCAACCGCGAAAUUGUACGAAAUUGUGGCUCAUUUUGAUGAACUAGAUGUUUAUUUCCCACAGAAAGAAAUAUUCGUCUUGCAAUUGAUUCAAGACAGAUGGAACGAUGCCAAACGGGACGAUUUCAAAAGAGACUACAGGGUGUGGGAGAUAUUUAAUAAGAUGCAUAUUGCAUUGGAUGACUCUGAUAUCGCUAAGAAACUUCUUAAAAACUUGAAUUUUGUUCCAUUGAUAGCUAGGACGUUGCAACUAUACACGGAGGACCAUACAGAUGCUGCCGAGUUUCUCGUACAGUUACUGAAAACAUUGACUUUGAUAAAUUCAACUUCCACUGUAGAGAUCUCAUUCGAAAACUCCUGCAAGAUCUUGGCUGGCACACUCCACAUGCUCACGAAUCUGCAGGACACAAAGGUCCUCGACCAAAGUCUUCGAUCCGGUCUCAUCAUGCAAAUCAUCAACUUGACGGAGCUCGAAAACAUACCGGAAAUCAACCACAAGCUGUCUAACGUCUAUUCAAAUGAAUUGCUGCUGGACACUUUGGAAUAUAUCUCCAAAAUAGAUCCCACCCGCGAGGAGAGUACAACCGAGGAACUAAUCCAAUUUCUGACACUUUUUAUCUUCAGUAAAAAUAUCGACUAUAUCUCUGUCUUAGAAAGAUUCGUCAAGAACAACAGGGCUAAGCUCACAAACGAUACGUCGAUAUUGCUCUUUCAUAUUUGUGUGACACUCCUGUCCAAGUCUAACUUUAAGCAACUGGAAACGAUCUUUUCUCUAAUUCUAGAUUGUCAACCAACCAUAACCUCUGAACUGCUGAACCAACUUUCUUCCUCAAAAAAGACAAUGUCUCAAGAGUUCUUGGAAAACUUGUUCAACAAAACCCUAACGGAAGCGAAAACGUCAACGGAGACAUACGCUAGUGAUGAGUUUUGGAUACUGCUUAUUGAAAUCCUUGAACUAGACAUCGAAAUUGGUAUAAAAUACAGCGACAAACUAAUGUCAUUGAUAGACGAACAUCAACACAAUAGCAAAGUUGUAUUCUUGUGGGAAAAGAUUGUCACCUGCCAUGUUAAUGCAAGAGAAUACUUUCAAUUCAUCGGCAAAUGGAAAGAGUACUGUGCUAGUAAUAAUCAAGGACAGUGCGUAUUUCUGGCGGAUCCCACUUUUGCGGCAGCGAUAACGAACAAUUUAGUGUCUCUCUCCAUCAGCCAGCUUAAGGAUCUUUUUGAAAAGACAACCACGACAAUAUCUACCACAACAGACGUGACAAAUGUAACUAUCAAAGCGUUAAACGUUUUUUUAUACCGGUUACCCAAAUUAUCCUACACUAAACUACCAGAGUUGAAACCUAUUUUGACCAAGAUUUUCAAAGUGGAUAAUGAAAAUACUCCACGUCUAUGGAAGACCAAAUACCUUCUUAUGGACGUUUACGAUGACAUUAUUCCAUCUGAACAAAUUGAGGAUAUAUCUAUGGAGAAACUUGAUUUCAUUUUGAACGGGAAUGAUAACUCCAACGAGCUUUUCUUCUACUUUUUCAAGUUGAGAGAGUAUAAGGUAUUUGAGUUCAAACCAGUCAUUGAGAAAUUUAUAAGUCACUUGAAACAGCUAUCAUCAAAAGGCAAGGAGAAAAACUUUUUGAAGACCAUUUUCACUAACUGGGCUUCUCUUUUGAACACCGUUUUUGAAAAGGAUGAGCUUAAAACAGUCAUCCAUGCAGUAUUAAACGGUAAUAUUGAUCUUCUGUCCGUUUUCUUCCAAAAUGAUGAUUUUUUCGAGGAAGAUAACAUCAUGUUCAAUUUAAUCAACGAAUUAUCAGACUCCUAUGCGAAACCAGAGGUGAUCACAUAUCUUAACCAAAUCCCAAUCCAAUGUAUCCAUAAAAACGUUAGGGUUCUACUUCUUAACAAGAUAUCGGGUAUGGAACAUUUGAAUGAGGGACACAUGACAUUGCUCUUAAAGUUGUUGCAUAGCCCAACUUUCAGAGCUGACAUUGAGAGCAACUUUCAGAGUUUGUAUUUGCUCGUUUCGAAAAACUUUGAAGCAAAGGCUGUGCUCGAAAAAGUUUGGAAGAAUCAUUUAUCACAACUCAAAGAAAAGUCAAGCGCUGAAUUCGUGGAAAAAGCUCUUACUUCGGCAAAGGCAGGAAUCCUUUCUUCUAGUUAUGACAAGGUAUAUUUUCAGAUUUCAGAAUCGAUCAUUAAACUUUCGCCACACCAACUGACGGAAGAUCUAAGGUCAACCUAUAUCGAUAAAUGUUUGCAUCUGAUCCCAGUUCUUGUCAAAAGUGAUAAAAGGAAAGUUUCAUGGGUACUCACGAGUUUGUGUCUCAUAAACCGGGGAAAUCCAUAUAACACAGAGGAACUAUCAAAGAUUAAUACUUUGGUUCCCAAAAUUAUGCUGGAAUGUGAUAUUAAAAAUACAUUUGAUCAGAUUGAGCCCUCUCUUUUGGAAAGUUUUUUCCAGUUUUACUGCAUAUGCUACGACGAUAAACUAGAAUACUUGUACAGCCAAUAUAUGGUGGCGCGGGUUGCUGGUGCCUCAAAAUCAAAACUUUUACCGGCUGUAUCAAAUGUCAUUGAAAAGUCUCUGAAGAAAGAUAUAAGGUCGUUCAACGAGGGAUUUACUGCUACAAUUUUGUCUCUUUCUAUCAAGACAUCCACAGUAUUUCAUGAAACCAUUCUGGAACUAUACCAGUUGCAAUUAAAUCAUUUAGAGAAGGGGAACACCAUUGGCUCCCACUUAUUUGUGAAAUCAAUAUCUGAAUUCUAUACAAAUAUCAGCUACUACGAAAACCUUCCAGUACAGGUCAUAUCCCUGAUGCAAACCAUUCAGCAGCUGCAAAUAUCUAAGCCAUGGCUAUUUACCCAAUACUUGACAGAAAUGUUAUUUCCCCUUGCAUCGUGCAUUAAUUUCACCUUUUUGAACCAGAAUUGCCAGCAUAGUGAUGAAAUUUUUAGCAAUUCGACAAAACUAAUAUCGAACAUCCUUCUGAUUCACAGAAUCAAGUUAUCCAAUCGUUACCAUUUGGUUAACUCUUAUCUGUGCUAUGCACUUGAGUUCAUUCACAAAAGUAAGCUGAACGGAUUGACAACCGUUUCGGCAGCGAGUUUAUCAAGACUGAUUACCAACUACUGCGAGCCAAGCAGCAACUCCAGUUAUCAGACUGGCAAUAACGACGACAAGCAAAAGUUAAAUUUGAGGAUGAAUUUAAUCCGAGAAUCGUUAAGAAAGCAGGUCCCAAUCUUGCUUGUGAAAUAUAUUCAUCUUUCCAUGGGACAACCUUUUGAGGCGUCUAUUAGGAAGGAGUUGACGACUGGUGUGCACUCUAUGUUUGAUCUGUUCACACAAGCUGAAGUAAGUCUUAUCAACGGUAUUGUCGAUAGCGCUGGAAAACAGUAUUUGAAAACGCUAUACAGUGAUUAUAAGAAGGUCGGGAAAUGGCGCGAGGAUUGA